AUGACCCCCACUGUGGCGCAAUAUUGCAAGGUCACGGUUGCAGCCAUGGAUUCUCAGCAAGUGGAUAGGAAGGUGCUGGUGGCAUGCCAGCAACUGCCACUGAGCGAAGAUGCUGCUGCCCUGUAUUUCACGCUGCUCAACCCUCCACAAGAAGAAUACUUGUGUACUCUUGUACUUAAGCCAUUGCCGCUGUGUGCUUGUGCAGUUUACAAUGAGGACGACCCAUCGGAGACGCUCUGGUACGCCGUCCUCAACGACCACAAAGCCCAGGUGGAGCUGGCCAUCGCCGAGGGCGCCGACCUGGAGGUGAAGCUGGGCCACCACCACGACACGCCGCUGACCCUGGCCGCCAAGAACGGCUACUUGGACGUGGUGGAGACGCUGAUCGCGGCCGGGGCGGACGUGGACAGCACCAGAGAUGAUGGCGCCACGCCGCUUUGCGCCGCGGCGGAGAAGAACCACGCCGGCGUGGUGCUGGCCCUCCUGCGGGCGGACGCGAAGGUCGACAAGCCCAAGACCUCCGGAAUAACGCCACUGCUGGCCGCGUCCAGGAGCGGCUAUGUGGAGGUAGUGCAAUCGCUCAUCCGGGCCGGCGCGGACGUGAACCUCGAGCAGAAUACGGGCACCACGCCCCUGAUGGCCGCCUCAUGGGAGGGCCACGCCGACGUGGUGUCCGUCCUGCUGGAUGCGGGGGCGGACCCCAACAAGGAUAGCUACUGCCCGCCGAUCGUGUGCGCAGCCACGUACGCCCACCUGGAGGCUGUGGUCGUGCUCUUGGACAGCGAGGGGUUGGACGUGGACGGCCGCAGGGAUCAUGAUGGCGCCACGGCGCUGAUCGCCGCCACGCACUCCACCAGCCCUAGGCGCGCGGCGGUCGUGGCGGCGUUGAUCGUUAAAGGCGCUGACCUCGAACUGAAAUCGAGGACGAACGGCACGACGGCGCUGUAUGAGGCCGCUCAGCGCGGCCACUUGGAUGUCGUGAUGGAGUUGAUUGGCGGGCGGGCGGACUUGAAUGAGGAGAAGGCGGGCAGCCUGGAGACUCCGCUGUUCGCGGCCACGGCGGGCGGGCACGUGGAUGUUGUGCGGGCGCUGCUGGUCGCCGGGGCGGGCCCCGAUAUCAGAUCCCAUGAGGGGCUCACGCCGCUGAUCGUCGCGGCCCGGAGGGGCGAUUCGGACGUCGUGGAGACCCUGCUGGAAGGCGGGGCGGAUCCCAUCAAGUGGGACGAGCGGGGGAUGGCGCCGUUGCACCGGGCCUCGAAUACGAUCGGGCCGGACAGCGAGAGGAUCGUCCUGCUGCUGGUGAGGCGCGGGGGGAACGUGAACGCGGUCGACAAUGAGGGGAACACGCCGCUGAUGUUCGCGGCGUACUUUGGCAACCUGGGGGCCGCGAGGAUACUGGUGGGGGAGGGGGCGGGUGUAGGGGCGCAGAACGGGGUGGGCGGCACGGCGGUGGACCUGAUCUGCGACUGCAGGCUGGACGUGGACCGGCUGGACGCGCCGCAGUGCCCGGCGGGGGGGUGCGACGUGGAGGGCACGGAGAGCCGAAUACGCACCCUGCUGCUGGCGGACUAG